ACAACUUCACUGGACGAGGAGGAAGAAGUAGAAACCCAACACGGAUCAUUUUUUCGAACGUCGCCGUAACUGGCACCUUCUUACUGGAGCUCGCACCAACCAUGCCUGGCACUGAAAUAGUCAACGAUUCUACCGGCGGCGAAUACAUAGAAUCGUAUAUGACCUGUUAUGCGAGAUUAUCGGAGCUACAUCACCACGGACGCGAAGACAAUACGACCAAACAAGAAGGCAACGAACCAUCAACCAUCCGACGACUAUGGGAGGCCCAAGCUGAGGAUCAUUCCAUCGUGCCUUUUCAAGAGACUGCUCUGGUUCAUUACGGGUCUGUAAGCCUAGUGCCCGCAGACAUCACGCAUGGUCCCCCAGAACUGGUCAAAGCAAGAGGUUCUCCUGUUCCAUCAACCUCCACCUUUCGCAUGGAAGACCUGAUGUUCUCUCGCGGCCCAAACAACGAUCCAUCUUGUGUCUAUGGCCAGGGUCGUUUCCAGACAAUCAUCCUCAUCUGCUGUCAAUUGGCGGGAUUCGUUUACAUGAGUCAUUAUACUAGCAUUCUCCUGUUGGCUCCUGAUGUGGACCAUUGGUGUGCGCCUCCACCUUCACACGCAAAUAUGUCCGACCACGAGUGGAAGAUCGUUGGAGUCCCAAUCGACAGCAGCGCCCGAUAUCGACGGUGCGUCCGGUACGAACCUCCGCUAGACGUACAGGCACCGAACCGAUCGGAGUCUAAAUGUAGAUCCUGGAAGUAUGACUUGAACACCUACGGUCACACCAUAGUCGACGAGUGGGACCUGGUCUGCGACCGUGCCUGGUUGAUUUCCAUGCUCUCCACGCUGUAUAUGGUCGGUUCUACAGUCGCCAUUCCCAUCGCAUCGCACAUGUCGGAGAUGGUUGGGAGGAAGCCCAUUAUUUACAUGUCCAUCGUUGUUCUUUUACUAUGCGGCUUCGCCGAGUGUUUCGCCACGUUCUUCUUGCUCUUCGCCGCUCUUCACUUCAUGGUGGGAAUGGCCGCCAGUGUCGUUCAAGUGACCUCUUUCAUCCUCCUCUUCGAGGUAUGCACCAAGCCCUACAGAGCGUACUACAAUUCCAUCGCAAUAAUAGGCAUGGGAGGCGCUUUCACUUUUAUCGAGUUCUUUCGCCUGUACGGUCCUAGUCGAAUCAUUUCGCAAGUCACCCUUAUGAUACCGACCGCUUUUCUGAUAUCUAACUUUUACCUGUUAGUGGAAUCUCCAGUGUGGCUCAUGUCUACGUGGCGUAUACGGCAAGCGGAACAAAUUGUCCUGUGGAUUUCCGAGUUCAACGGAGUUUACGACUACGAAGCGAAGAAGCGCUGGUCCGACAUCAAGAAAGGACUCGCACAUCACGAAGAGAAGAUGACGUACAUCGCCAAAACGGGCCUCUUAGAUUUGAUACUGUCCCGUCGACUGAGAUUCUCGAUGAUCACGCUCUUCCUCUGCUGGGUUUCAACAGUCUUCACUAUAUACGGCUUCGUGCUCUCUCUCGGAUUUCAUCACCCCACUGCUAGAAUUAUAUCUGUUCUACUUCAGUUUCCAGUAUCCUAUGCUGUGUACAAGCUUCUUCCUAUACGAGGUUUGAACGCGACGCUUAGCUUUUCUCUAGCGCUCUGUUCGGCCGCUUCCUGUUUUUUGAUGAUAUUCCGAAGUGACCCGACCUUUACCAUCAUGUACAACGUCGCUAGGUGCGCUGUAUCAGCAGCUACAGUCACGUUGAUGAUGUGCAGCGUAGAAGUCCUCCCAGUUAUGGUCAGUGGCUUGGGAGCUCGUGCAGCAUUUGCUUUUGGAAGGCUCGGAGCAACGGCGGCGCCCUUCCUACGAGAGCUGGCGGCUUACACGGAUAACACAGCGCCGUACGCCAUGAUCAGUGUGCUCAUGGCAGUGUGCAGUGUAUUGGCUGUGCAUUUGCCAGAGACGAAAGCGACGAAACCUUCAGAAAGCGGCCAAGAGAUUGAUAAAGGGGCAAGGAGGAAAAUGUUGCUUGACUUGCCCCCGUGUGAGACCACAAGCAGGCAAACGCCGAGUGGUUCGUAACGUAAUUUACCAAAGGAAUGUCACGUGACAACGAGACGUUGAUGUGUGGUGAUAAACCAGUUUCAAACGACAAAAUGUCUUACGCAGAAAUAAACACGAUUCAUGAUGCGUGUCUCGAAGUCGCCGGCUACCUUCUGCUGUGAUAUUCUCCCUAGAGUGUAUAGGACACGACCAUUAGGUUAUUGGU